AUGGAGCAUAUCCUCGAUUACCUUAUCGUCAAAACCCCAAAGUUCAAGGAAACUAUGAAGCUAUCGGAACCUACGCGCCAUGCGCAAGAUAGCAUGAGUAACUUCUGGGCAACCGUUACCCAGAUGCGUCCAGGUGGCCCUGAGCUCACAAGAUAUGCGGUGUCAAGAACGGUGAACAAUUUGAUUUACAACGAUGCGCCAAUAAUGACUGUUGGCGAUACCGUCAGCAAGUACCAGGCUCUUCCGACAUCAAUUGACACCAAGGGACUCGGACUCAAUGCAGCUGCCACGGGUGUUACAGGCAAGAUGGAAUGGAUGAAGGACGUCAUGAAAAAGAUCUCGACUCAAGAGGGUUACACUUCUCAUGAGUUUGAGAAGCUUGCUUCGUUUUUCCGCAGCACCUGGAUCCAGAUGCCAGAUGAAACAUCCUCUCCGCGUAGCAUGCGACCACGAUAUGUGAAACGGGACUUCGAAAGGGCCGGCCAUUCAGAUUCGGGCUUCGCACAAGGUGGACAAGCAGUCGAGAACAGUCGACUAAAUUUGAAGAACGCAGACACCGAUUCUUGUGCAGAAGGAAGUCGCACGCCCCUCAAGAGCUCAGCGCUCUACAUGCCGUUUUUCUCAUUUUCGAAGUACCACGAGAACGAGAUCAGCGAACGCGACAGCCGACCAAGCUCUGCGUUGAACAGCGUAAAAUCGACUAACGAGAGGCCAGAUGAGAUGAUUGAAAGAGAGUAUCUUCGCAAACGUCAAAAGCUGUUCAAAGCCUACGAGAAGGCUGUCAUUCAUGGUUCUUCCCCGCUAGACGAAUACCAAUACCAUUUCGACGGAGACGCCGAAUCAUCCAAAGAUCGAGAUUCGCGGAAUAGAUCCCAAGUUGUCACCAGAUGCAUAACCAAGCUGAGACGAAGACUGCAGACCAAGGAGCGGCAUACCGAAGAGUUGGAGAUGGAUCAGCCCAAUUGCUGGCCCAUCAUACGAGUCGGUCAGCUAUGGGCCUGGACCAUUGCAGAUGCAUGGUUGAUAACGUCUACCUCAUGCGCAAAGAGUGAAGCGCAGAGCAGCUUCGUUUAUGAUGUUUUCGAGCAUCUCAAGCGUCUUGCAGAAGAAGGGGAUCAAGUCACUGGCCCAGCAACCCCAGGCGAACUACUGAAAAUGAUUGUAGAGCACUGCGUCAGUGCAUACGAAAAACAAGUCAACAUUGGCGACGAGGAACCUCCUCAGCAACGGUCGAUUCGUCAGAUGUUUUCCGACUCCAUCAACGACACGGUUAGGGGAGAAACCGAUCUAUUUCGCUUGUUCCUCAAACGAGAUCCUCCGGCAGAGGGGUUAACAACGGAAAAGCUGCAAAAUGCUACCCUUGACGCAGCCAAACUUCUAUACGACAUCAAGGACGUUCGUGACGAGCUAAAUAUUCUCAAAAACGUUGCGAACCUUCAGCAGCGAGUUCAGUCCGACUUGGAGAAAAGCUUCACUAAGGGGUCGAAUAACAAUGAUGAGCGCGACCUGACUGCUACUUACGUUUGCGACGACAUCGCUGAACUUGAAAAGGUUGCUGAAAGAAUCAACGAUGCUUUGAACACUACCAUCACGCUGCAUGAAAGCGAGAUAGCGAACCUCGAGGCUAUAGAAGCUGCAAAACAGGGCCGGAAGAUAUUUGCCUUCACAGUUGUCACCAUCAUCUUUGUGAGCGCACCCAUCCCGUCCGUAGUCGUUCAGUGUCGAUCCCGUCAAGAACCCUAA